CCCGCGUUCAGUCCAUAACCGUCUCUCUACAGUGACAGACUACAGGACAGACAGUCAUGGUUUCUAUAUAGAGAUAAGGUUUUAUUUUCUUAUAUGAAGUGUCUUUUAUGAACUGUUCUUGGUGUUUUUCUUCGUGAUUUCUGUGGCAGACUGUACUUGCGGUACUUUAGUGUUUGUUCAGUGGUGGAUUAUUUUGUUUGUUUCGUGUAAUUUUGUGUGUGGAAUCAGAAAAAUGUGGCCACCAAGACUCUUACGGUGGAUGGUCACCGUUCUGCUGGUCAUCGCUGUUAUCACACCCACCUCAGAUUCCACUAGUGUACGCAGAAGACUACGGAAGCCCAACAAGACCUCAACAUCAGUCACAACCAGUGUAUCAAGGUCUACGGACCAGGUGAUAUCGGCUAGCGUGAACAGGCCAAAGAUACGUGGUCGGCCAACCAUCGCCAGCCGCAAGUCCUCUGCAGCCAUAGACAACUCUGUUGGCACUGAUGACCAUAAAGACAAGGAUGGAUAUAAGAUCGUCUGUUACUACACCAACUGGUCCCAAUACCGUGUCAAGGUCGGGAAGUUCCUCCCAGAGGACAUCUCCCCUGACCUCUGCACCCACAUCAUCUUCUCCUUCGGAUGGAUGAAGAAGGGCAAGCUCAGCUCCUUCGAGUCCAACGAUGAGACCAAAGACGGGAAGACGGGGUUGUACGACAGAAUCAACGCGCUGAAGAAGGCUAACCCUAAGUUGAAGACACUUUUAGCUAUUGGUGGCUGGUCAUUCGGGACGCAGAAAUUCAAGGAGAUGUCUUCCAGCCGGUACUCCAGGCAGACCUUCAUCUACUCUGCCAUCCCUUACUUGAGGGACAGGAACUUUGAUGGGCUGGACAUCGAUUGGGAGUACCCCAAGGGUGGAGAGGAUAAGAAGAACUUCGUGCUGCUACUCAAAGAACUCCGUGAAGCGUUCGAAGCAGAAGCCCAAGAAGUCAAGAAGCCACGACUUCUGCUCACUGCGGCCGUGCCAGUGGGGCCUGAUAACAUCAAGAGUGGAUACGACGUACCAGCUGUGGCUAGCUACCUAGACUUCAUCAACGUAAUGGCGUACGAUUUCCACGGCAAAUGGGAGAGAGAAACCGGCCAUAACGCACCACUCUACGCACCUUCCUCCGACUCAGAAUACAGGAAACAGCUCUCAGUGGACCACGCUGCCCACCUGUGGGCCAAACUUGGAGCUCCUAAAGAAAAACUUAUCAUUGGUAUGCCGACCUACGGACGGACCUUUACCCUGUCCAACAUGAACAGGUUCAAGCCGAAUUCCCCGGCCAGCGGGGGCGGCAAGGCUGGAGAAUAUACAAAGGAGGCUGGCUUCCUUGCGUAUUAUGAGAUAUGUGAAAUACUAAAAAACGGCGGAGCCUACGUUUGGGAUGACGAGAUGAAGGUACCAUACGCAGUCCACGGCGACCAGUGGAUCGGAUUUGACGACGAAAAGUCUAUUAGGAAUAAGAUGAGAUGGAUCAAAGACAACGGGUUUGGAGGUGCUAUGGUGUGGACGGUAGACAUGGAUGACUUCACCGGCGACGUGUGUGGAGGAAACGUCAAAUACCCUCUCAUUGGAGCUAUGAGGGAAGAACUUCGCGGUAUAUCCCGUGGGAAGGACGCGAAGGACAUCGACUGGGCGUCCGUAGCAGGCACCAUCGUCAUCGAGGAAGAGACGGAGAAGCCUGAGCCCAUCAAGAUCAGCCUGUCCGAAGUGCUCGGCAAAAUCAAAAAACCCACCAAGAUCAAUCGGAUCAUUAAGAACAACAACGCAGCUCUCGACAAAUCCAGACGCGACCCCUACAUCCUCUGCUAUCUGACCUCCUGGUCAGCAAAGAGGCCCAGCGCUGGUCGGUUCACGCCAGAAAACAUAGACCCCACACUCUGCACCCACGUUAUAUACGCCUUUGCCACUCUUAAAGACCAUAAACUUGCUGAAGGCGACGAAAAGGAUGCUGAUAUGUACGAUAAGGUGGUCGCUUUGAGGGAGAAGAACCCUAACUUGAAGGUACUACUCGCCAUCGGCGGCUGGGCGUUCGGCUCCACCCCGUUCAAAGAGCUGACAUCCAACGUGUUCCGUAUGAACCAGUUCGUAUAUGAAGCCAUCGAGUUCCUCAGAGACUACCAAUUCAAUGGCCUUGACAUCGACUGGGAGUACCCACGUGGCGCGGACGAUCGCGCGGCGUUCGUCUCACUCCUCAAGGAAUUGCGCUUAGCCUUCGAAGGUGAAGCCAAGACAUCCGGACAACCCCGUCUCCUGCUCUCCGCCGCAGUACCAGCCUCGUUUGAAGCCAUCGCCGCCGGCUACGAUGUUCCUGAAAUCUCUAAAUACUUGGACUACAUAAACGUGAUGACGUAUGACUUCCACGGGCAGUGGGAGCGCCAGGUCGGCCACAACAGUCCCCUGUUCCCCCUGGAGAGUGCGACCAGUUAUCAGAAGAAACUCACCGUGGAUUAUUCAGCUCGCGAAUGGGUACGCCAAGGCGCCCCUAAAGAGAAAUUGCUGAUAGGUAUGCCGACCUACGGGCGAUCGUUCACCCUGAUAAACGAGACACAGUUCGAUAUCGGCGCUCCUGCUUCUGGCGGUGGUAAAGCUGGACGAUUCACAAACGAAGCCGGUUUCAUGUCUUACUACGAAAUCUGCGACUUCCUAAGAGAGGACAACACUACACUGGUAUGGGAUAAUGAACAGAUGGUGCCCUUCGCGUAUAGAGGAGACCAGUGGGUUGGAUUCGAUGACGAGAGAUCGCUGAAGACCAAGAUGACCUGGCUCAAAGAAGAAGGUUUCGGAGGUAUCAUGGUAUGGUCUAUCGACAUGGAUGACUUCAGAGGCUCAUGCGGUACCGGCAAAUACCCUCUUAUCACUGCCAUGAAGCAAGAACUGGGUGACUUUAAGGUCAAGCUGGAGUACGAUGGACCUUAUGAAUCUUCUAACCCCAAUGGGCAGUACACUACUAAAGAUCCCAACGAAGUGACAUGCGAAGAAGAAGACGGCCACAUAUCCUACCACCCAGAUAAAGCCGACUGUACCAUGUACUACAUGUGCGAAGGAGAGAGGAAACACCACAUGCCCUGUCCUCAGAACCUGGUCUUCAACUACAAUGAGAAUGUCUGCGAUUGGCCAGAAAACGUCGAAGGUUGCCAACACCACACUCAGGCACCCGCUGCUAGGAGAUAAGGAUAGUUUAGGCUAGGUUUUAGUAUCUAAUCCUCCCUUGACAUUCGUGUUAAUACCAUCAAUAAUAAUAACUAUUAUUAUCAAUGUUACAUCGGCUAAGGUUAUUUCAACUGUUAUAUUUUGUGGAUUUUUUUAUGAUUAUGAAGAAGUACCAUGAUUUAACUUUAUAAUUAUAGAACCUUCUAGCUUUUUGCUCACAGUUCAGACUUUUUCAAAAUCUUAUCAGACUUUUUAAAAAUUAUAACAUCCUCUGUUAAAUAAUUUUUAAAAAGCUUAGCACAAUUUUGUCAGAUCUUUUGAAAAUUAGUUAGUUUGCUACUAAUUUUAACUAUUAACAAUUUUUACAGCAAUAUUAGUAGUACUAGUAUUCUUGGAUCAUUAUUUUUUCAUACCCAUAAUAUUUUUUCUCUUUACUUGCAUUGUCACAUAACUGUUCUUAAAUUUUAUUCACCAUCUAUAACAAAAUAACCUGGCAUAUUUUCAUCAUUGAUUUUAAUCCCAAAAUACUCGUUUUCUAGAUUCCGUCCAUUAUCUAUUAAAUAAUUUUUAAAUUAAAAUCCACCUUAUCGACUUAAGUCGAGCCAGAUCGAAUAUUAUUAUAUUUAUUGAUCUAAUAUCAUUCUUAGAUAUCGAUGUCCUUAGCACCAAACUAAAUAUUGCAAUAAAUAUACAUAACUAACAAGUUAAUGAUAUAACUGUGUAUUUUAACCAGUAGGUGGUAGCAUCAAAGCUAUGCUUAUCAUAUUGCAAUUGUCACAAUUGGCUGGAUUUGUGGUAUAUUUGAAAACUAUGGAUUUUAGUUAUAACAGAAAUUUCAGCUAUUCUGUAGUAAUUGCGAUCAUAAUAAAUAAAUAAAUAAUACUGAAGCUAUUGGUGCUAAGCCAGUAGUAGAAAAAUAUCAGCCAAUCAGAAGGAUUAUGGUUAUCACAAUGUUUAUAUCAAAGUUUGGUACUAGGGUUGCGAAUGAGAGGGUUCGUGUGAUAUAAUGUAAAUUUUUAUAACAUUAUUGGUGAAUAUAAUUAUUAUUUUAUGUAGAUUUACGAUCACAAGCCAAUGCGAUAAUUUAGCAAGAACUUAAAUGAACAUCUAACAUAAAAGCGUUCAAUUGUUUUUAUUCAAUUUGAUGUUUUCAUCAAAAAUUUAUCCUUGUAUUAUAUUAUUCCAAUGCGUUUCUAUGAUAAAUAUAAAUUGCUUCUUUGUGCCUAAAACCAUUUUCAACACCAAUUCGGGAACUGUUACGAGUAUGUAAGUAGGUACCUACGUCUAACAUUACUUUAUCAUUGCAAAACAAUUCUGAUAUUGGCUGUAUAUUAUUGAAAUCAUUGUCUAAAUUAUGGUCAAUUGGCUUGUAUUUAGAUUCUUCUCCCAAAGGUACACAAAAUAUGAUUAUUUUGAUAUGAUAUGAUACCUACCAUGAGUAGAGAUUGUUAUAAAUUCCAAUUGCAUAGCUGUGAUCGUUAUAUUGCGUUCAAUUAUUGCGAUUUGCUAAAUAAAGAAAAAUAAUGACAGCCAAUGGAAAAAAAAUGUUGCCACAUUGAUUGCUCUAAAAGAAUUCAGCUAUAAACAUCUCAUAAACGCAAGUUUUGGUUCAAAUGUUGUCUUCUCAUUUUUAACCGACUUCCAAAAAAGGAGGAGGUUCUCAAUUCGUCGGAAUCUUUUUUUUUUUAGAUCAUAAAGAUCAUAUUGUGUGCCUUUGUGAUAGUAGUAGUAUUUAUUAGUUGUAAAUUUAAUGUCUCCAAGCUUUUUAUAAUAAUCAAUACUCAAAUCAGCAACAACACUGCCUAAUGCUGUCUCUAUUUUACUGUAUCGAUUAGUAUGAAAUAGAUCGACAGUUACAAAAUUUGUGACAAUAUUUGUAUAUGUAGGUAAACUUUAUAUUUUUGUUGUAAGUAGGAAAAAUAAUUUAAGGUCUUUGUAAAUAUUGUAUCUAGAUACAAAAAAAGAGAUGUAAGAGUAUUAUUAAAAACUUUUAUAAAAUUA